AGGAGCUUCUACGACACAGCAGCGGCGCAAUGAGGUCGCAUACCCCCUCGGGCGACCCUCCAGGGAGGCGCGCCUCCGUGACGAACCGUUUCCGCAACAGCACCGGCGGGAGUGCUCUUCCCAGACCUCAUACUUCCUUGAGAGAAUCCAGGACUUUUCGCGCAACACAACCAACAUACAACCUCUUCACCGGCGGCGAUGCCAACAGCAGGCCAGGUUCCCGCGCAAGUCUCGCCGCCCCCGAUUCCGUCCGCGCCUCAUCCCACGAGAGCUCCAAAGAAAACAUGGCGCCCCCCGACGCCGCCGAGUACGAGUCCCAGCGCCAGGUAAUUGAGGAGCUCAAGGCCGAGCUGGGCACCCUGCGCUACACCAUCAGCACCUUUGAGCAGGAGAAGCAGAUGGCCGACGCCCGACACAAUGCCGAGCUUGAAGACCAGCGCCGCCGCGCCCAGGCCGACUUCACGGCGAAACAGGCCGCCGAGACCGAAAAGUCCCAGGCCGCGCGCCAGCUGGAGAAUACGCAAAAGGAGUUGAGCGACCUCCGCGACAAUGUGGCCCAAGAAAAGACGAGUCUGGAGAAGCGUGCGCGCGAUGCGGAAGAGGAGGCCCGCUUACUACAGGAACAAUUGGAAGACUUGUCGAGCUCAAAGGACGAAGCGGCGCGCAUCAACGAGAAAAAGACCAUCGACCUCGAAAUGCAGCUCCAAGCCGCCCAAAAGUCGACGCAGGAGCUCGAACAAGAAAGCCAGGCCCGCGAGGCCGCCCUCCAGCAGAUCCAGUCCCAGCUGGUGGACAAGGACAACCACGUGGCCGACCUCGAAUCCGAGGUCCUCCGCCUCAAGGCCCAGACGGGCGACGCCGACACCAUGGCCAUCAUCAAGCGCGAGCUCUCUGAGCAGGUUGCGCACAUCCGCAGCCUCGAGGCCACAAACCGCGAGCAGCUGUCGGAGCUGAAGCACCUCCGUCAAAUCCACCGGGCCGUCGAGGUCGUCGAAGAGGAGAAGCGAUCCCUUCAACGUAAGCUCGAGGCCGCCCGGACCCUCGAGACGGAGCUCGCAGAAGCACACAUCCAGCGCCAGCGCCUCGAGGACGAACGUAUCGCCUGGACUGGCUACCUCGCCAGCACAGACAACGGCAGCGGCGAUCUCGAAUUCGACUCCCCUGAAGCCGUCGCCCGCGCCCUCGUCGAGCAGCGCUACGAAAACGCCGCUCAGCUCGACAAGAUGGGCUCCCUGCAAGCCGAGCUGGCAGCGCAAGAAUCCUCAAUCAAGUCCCGCGAGGAAGAGAUCACCACUCUCAAAUCUCAGCUCACUGAGGCGCGAUCCGCCGUAACAACACAAAACGUCGACAAGACCCGCCUCCGCACCGAGCGCCAGCGCGUGCUCGCCGUCAAGGAGGUAGAGUACCUCCGCGCCCAGCUCAAGACGUUCGACGCCGAAGACGAGGCGUUCCAGCCCGAGGCCAUCGACGAGACCCGCGCCCGUCGCAUCCAGGAGCUCGAGGACCUCGUCGACAAGUACAGAAGCGAGGUUCAAGCCCUACACACGGAAAUGUCCUCCCUCGAAGCAGGCAAACCACUUGCCACCCCAGACGCACCACCAGCAGCGGCCGGAACGAAGCGCCCGCGCGACGAAAUUGACGACCCCUCGGCCGCACAAGAACAACUCGGCCUUCUCACCCGCAAGAACCGCAAACUCCAAGACCAGCUCGCCGCCGUACAAACCCAACACGCUCUCACCCAAAAGGAACUCUCCGUCACACAAGACCAACUCAAAGCCCUCAAAACACAAUCCAAAACCCGCGUCCUGUCUCUGCGCUCCAACCCGACGUCAGAUUACGAAGCCAUCAAAGUCGCCAAACUCAAAGCCCUCGAGCAGGAAAACGCAGACCUCUUGGCGCAGCUCAACUCCAACGAAAACGUAGACCUCGUCCCGCGAUCCCAGCUCGACGCAGCAGACCGUCUCGUAGAGGAAGCCCGCGCGGAAACCGCAUCCGCCCAGAAAUCUGCAAAACGCCUCAAGGAAGUGUGGUCUAAGAAAUCCCUCGAGUUCAAAGAGGCCAUUUUCUCGACGCUGGGAUGGACCGUCAUGUUUAUGCCCAACGGUAAAAUGCGCGUCGAGUCGACUUUUUACCCUUCCCAGACGGACGAGUAUGAGAAUUCCAUCGUAUUUGACGGCGAAAAGGGGACGAUGAAGGUCGGUGGCGGGCCGCGGAGUGCGUUUGCACGGAGGAUUGGCGAUCAGAUUGGGUUCUGGGUUAGGGAGAAGGGGUGUAUUCCUGGGUUUUUGGCGGCGUUAACGUUGGAGUUUUAUGAAGAGCAUUCGAGGAACCAGAUGCAGACUGAGUAAAGAGACUCGACUGCCGGCUGCUGGACUGCUUGCUACAUACAGUUGUCACAGAGAAUACACGGCAGAGCGUCUAGGGUGAAGGGGAAAAGAGACGAGAGGGUUGUUUCUCGCGUAUUCACGGCGAGGAAGCUGCUUCUCCCCGAUUUACAUAUUUUUAUUACUACUACCUAGCCAAGGCGUGACGCGACGAAGAAGAGGAGUGUGGAGAGAGAGAGAGAGAGAGAGAGAGAG